AUGUUUGGAAAAUCACAACUCAGUUUUAUUUUGCAUUUACCAUUAGUAAUUGACCCUAUUUGCUUUAUUUCUUGUUACCCCCCACCCACCAGCGAUAAUGGACCACAUGAUGACAGUUUAACAUCUGAUCAAUUAUUAGAUGGUAUUCGACUGCUUACUAAGGCAUUGAAACAAGCCUUUCCAGUUGACGAGGUCUAUCUUCUACCUGUUUUGGGCAAUCAUGAUGUUAUUCCAGCAAAUGAUAUGGAAGUGACUGUGAAUAGCCCUUCACGUACUGCUUGGUGUCAUCAACUUGGUGAAGAGAAAGAUCUAUGGGGUGAAUGGAUUAAUCAUCGUCAAAAACAUUUGAUGUCAUCAAUAUCACAGCAAAAUUCAUCAAAAUAUCCUACAGCUAAUUUCUCACAGAGUAAGUAUUUGUGUUUUUAUUGA